AUGGGUGCAUUGGAUUCGAAAGCUUUGAAUAAUACAAGAAAAGCCGGUAUCGAUGUCGUUUUUUUUAAUAGAGUGCCAAAAGUCGGUAGUCAAACUUUUAUGGAACUUUUAAGAAGAUUAUCGAUGAAAAAUAAUUUUGCAUUCCAUAGAGAUCAUAUACAAAGAGUUGAAACAAUCAGGUUGGCACCUGGUGAUCAAAUGGAUUUGGCCUCAAUGAUUGCUGCUUACGAACCUCCUAGCGUUUAUGUCAAACAUGUUUGUUUUAUUAAUUUCACACAAUUUCGAUUACCGGAACCAAUUUACGUGAAUUUAGUUAGAGAUCCCGUUGAAAGAGUUAUUUCCUGGUAUUAUUAUGUUAGAGCACCAUGGUACUACGUCGAAAGAAAGCAAGCAUUUCCAGAUAUUCCACUACCGGAUCCUCAUUGGCUUAAAAAGGAUUUUGAAACUUGCGUUUUGAGAGGAGAUAGAGAGUGUAAAUAUGUCGAAGGAGAAACGCACGAGGGUAUCGGUGAUCACAGAAGACAAUCAUUAUUCUUUUGCGGACAUAGCGAUGCUUGCACACCAUUUAAUACUCAAGGAGCAUUACAAAGAGCUAAAAGAGCUGUCGAACAACAUUAUGCUGUGGUUGGAGUACUCGAAGAUCUCAAUUCAACGUUUACCGUUUUAGAAAAUUACAUACCGAGAUUUUUUAAGGGUGCUGCACAAGUUUUCAAAGAUGAAGUUGAUCGUUUUGCAAGGAUAAAUAGAAAUUUAUUUAAACCUCCAGUUAGCGAAGAAGUUAAAGAAAUUGUUCGAAGGAAUUUUACAAGGGAAAUAGAAUUUUAUCAAUUUUGUCGACAACGAUUGCACAGACAAUUAUUGGCAUUGAAAUUACCGAAUACACCGCGAUGA